UGCGGGAAAUUUCAGAAAAGCAAGACAAGCUGAAAGGAUAAAACAAAGACCACUCAUCAAAGCACCCCCUAGAGCAGUAGGCCUUCAACAGGUGUCAGAAUUAGAGAGCUUGUUCAAACACAAAUAGCUGGAUUCCCUUCCAGAGUUUCUGAUUCAGUAUUUCUGGGGUGGGCCCCAAGAAUCUGCAUCCCUAACAGGUUCCCAGGUGAUGCUGGUGUUACUGAUCUGGGGACAGCCCUUUGAGAACCACUGACCUAGUGCAAAACACUGAUAACUUCAUAUAUGCAUAUAUAGUGUAUAUUUUUUAUUGUUUUUAUUAAAACACUGUUUCACCCUAUUGUAUAACCUGUCUUUUGUAUUCAACGAACUCCACUUUGUACAUGCAUUUUUCUGUACAUGUGCUUCCUGCUGCUACCGAGCUGGCCUAGAAAGCAAGGAAAGAGAUUGCUGACUAUCUGGCUGCUGGGAAGGGUGCAUGAGCUCAGAUCUGAGUGGAAGACAUUAUCCAAGAAGACUACCUCAUGGAGGCCAUGGAGAUCCUGGAACUAUAUUGUGAUCUGCUGCUGGCUUGGUUUAGCUUGAUCCAAGCCACAAAGGAACUGGAUUCUGGUCUCACUGAAUCUGUGUCUGCCCUAAUCUGGACAGCCCCACCCUCCAGUCGGAGGUAUCUAAUCAGCUGCGUGCAAAGUACAGCCAAGAAUAUGGCCAGCUGUGUUGAACCAACGAGAUUGGAACUGUCAGCUCUCAGCUCAUGUGAAAAUUAAAUGUGAGCACUCUACCCCAAGUUCUAGUAGAACAAUACCUGAUAGAAAUUGCUGAGAACUAUAAUGUGUCAUAUAAAUCCAAGGCAGCCAUUAUGAGCUCGACUUCUGCUGUCACAUGACCCUU